AAUGCAAGAAGUAAAUUGCUCCGCAAGCCCCCUGCAAGUACUCGCAGAGGUGUGCAGUAAUGCCUCUCCCGCCUCUAGUCUCUUCAACAGGGGCGUCGGAUUGACCAAUGAGGACCUCCAUCACAACGAUUCCAUCGGUCCGUCGAUGCCUACACCCGUCGAAGAGACUAACGACUUCCCGCCACUUCUGCUUACCAAACGGGUUCAGGGAAACCCAAUGCAUAUCUCCAAUUUCCUGGAUGGCCCGGAAGGGCCGUCGGAAAUUUCUAGUCUUUAUUCUAGCUCGCCCCGGUGGAACGCUAGAUCGCCUCUUCUCGGGGUAGGCGUUGAGCUUCAUGGUGUAGUGGGUGAAGUCACCGCUACGAGCUACCGUCACCACGAGCCGUACCCUUCUUCGAGGUCAGAGCGCGAACAACAUAGAGCAAUGCGGCGCACGACGUCUUCACAGUCUUCCGUUGAAAAUAAUGCAUUUAUUCCUGCCAAUAGCACAGCAUCUGGAGUCCCUGAGGGUGCUGGAAGCCGAACUUCAACCUCCUCUCGUCGAUGCCAACCUCCCAGACAGGCGAUGCUUCAGACGGAAGACGCACGAGAAAUUGAUACAGCCCUUUCGUCGGGCGAAACGCCAGGAAAUAAAAAUUCAUCUUCUCCGCCUUCCCAGAGGCCCUCUGCACCAGCCAGAACGUGCAGUCAGUCCAGGAAGAAAAGCCAAUCCACGAAGGAAAAGAGCGAGACCAAGAAGAAGAGCGUGCCCAACUCGUCUAAGCAAGAAGCCUUGGGUUCCAAAGCCACAGGCAACAACACUAGGGUCAAAGGUCGACGAAACCUGACACCAAAGCAACGAAAAGAUUUCGGAUAUAAUGAGAGAUCACUCAUGCUGUUGUCUCUCAUUGAUCCUAACAUCGCAGGAUGCCUCGGCUGCAGGCGUCUCUUCCGGCUGGAUGGGAGACAAGCGCUUAAGGAUGCGGAAAAUCACUACAUCGGGUUUAUCUUGAAGCACAUCCCCGUCUGCCCCGAGAUACCUCUGGAGUCUAAAAUAUCAACGUUUCUCGACUAUCAGGCUCUCACCGGCGUCCUAUCGAAGAGGAAUGAAAGCGCCCUCUCGAAAUUGACCACAAAGCACGAGCAGGCGGGAGGAACACUUGACUGCCUCAAUGACGAACGAGCGAACCUGCGAAAGGAGUCGAUAGAUAUCUUCAAGUGCGGCGAUCCGGAAACCUGCACCCACAAGUGUACCGAACACUUCGGGAUGCUUUGUCCCUCCUAUGUGCCAGAGAAGAAAGGAGGAUCUCAACAGAAGAGGAAGAGGAACGAAGGGCAGGACGACGGGGAGAAGAAGAACGUCAAGAAGAGGGCGAGGAGGUG